AUGGACACGAAGCUCAUGGGCAAGGGCUCGAGCGACCCGCAGGUCAAGCUGGCCGUCGGCAGCGAGAAGUUCAUGUCGACGUGCAAGAAGCAGAACCUGAACCCCGCGUGGGACGAGACGUUCCAGUUCGCGCUCAUGGACGGGCCGGACGGCGAGACGCUCGAGGUCGAGGUCGAGGACUGGGACCUGCUGUCGAGCAACGACUUCAUGGGCCGGUGCUACGUGCCGCUCCGGGACCUCGGCGCCGACCCGACGCGCGCGUGGUACGCGCUCGGCUCCGCGAAGCCCGGCGCGCCCGUCGACAAGCCGCGCGGCGAGGUCGAGCUCGAGCUGAGCCUCGGCUACAACCCGGACUUCGACUACUUUCCAGAAGAAGACCGGCACCCGGGCAUGGAGCCGAACCUGCUGCGCAUCGGCGUCACGCGCGGCCGCCGCCUGCUGCCCAUGGACGUGCAGGCGUCGAAGCUGCUCAAGGGCGCGACGACGUCGGACCCGCGCGCGACGAUCUCCGUCGCGUGCAAGACGUUCAAGACAAUCUGCGUGAAGAAGUCGCUGGACCCGAGCUGGCACGGCCGCUUCGAGGCGCACGUCGAGGGCGCGGGCCACGCGCUGUCCGUCGUCGUCGAGGACGUCGACGAGCUCAGCGCGGACGACUUCAUGGGCGCGGUCGAGAUCCCGCGGGCGUCGGGGCUCGAGCCCAUGCGGGACAAGAAGCGGCACCGCGCCUGGUACGCGCUGACGAACAAGAGCGGCGCCAAGGACAAGGACCGGGGCGAGGUCGAGGUCGUCCUGCGCUGGGCCUUCGAGGAGGCGCUCGAGCGCUUCGUCGAGGAGGGCUUCGACGAGCACGGCGACGAGUGCCUCGCGGAGCCCAACGAGCUCUGCGUGGGCCUCGUCCAGGGCCGCGACCUGCUGCCCAUGGACAGCACGCUCCUCGGCAAGGCGACGACGGCGGACCCCUUCGUCAAGGUGCGCCUCGCGGGCACGGCGGACCGGUUCCAGGUCUGCCGCCACGUGCCCAAGACGCUCCGGCCCUGGUGGAACGCGGAGUUCCGCGUGCCCCUGCCCCUGGCGGCGGCCAUGGCCGACGGCGCGAGCCUCGAGCUCGUCGUCGAGGACUACGACAUGCUGUCGAAGAACGACUUCAUGGGCAAGGCGCUCAUCCCGCUCGCGGGCCUCGAGGACAAGAAGACGCGGCGCGCGUGGUACGCGCUCGGCGACGAGCAGGGCCGACAAAGGGUGAUUCGACGCGACAAGGACGGCGUCGUCGCCGGCGACGACGACGGCGGCGGCACGACGCCGUCGAAGCUCGAGCGCACGAAGAGCGCGGGCAAGGGCGGCCUCAUGUCGCGGCUCGUCGGCGUCUCGGCGUCCGCCGCCGUCGACCGCGGCGAGGUCGACGUCGUCCUCCGCUACGUGCGCAACAGCGCGCUCGACCACUUCGACGCGGAGAACGCGCACACGAACCCGGGCAAGCAGCCCAACGAGCUCCGCGUCGCGCUGACGAUGGCGCGGGGCCUCGUCGGCGUCGACUCGCACCUCUUCGCCGUGCCGACGUCGGACCCGUUCGUGUCGCUCGCGUGCGGCUCCCUCAAGCGGAAGAGCCGCGUGAAGAAGUCGACGCUCGACCCGACGUGGAACCAGUACUUCUCCUUCAAGGUGCCGGGCGAGGACGAGCCCCCCUUCGACGAGCCGGGCGCGCCGUCGACGAUCCCGGACCGCCUCGACCUCGUCGUCGAGGACUGGGACCGCUUCUCGUCGCCGGACUUCAUGGGCCAGGUGGCCAUCGACCUCGCGCCCCUGCGGGACCGCCGAUUCCGCCGCGGCUGGUACCCGCUCCGGGGCAAGGACGAAAACGGCGCGCCCGCGAAGCCCGCGCACGACGCGGCCGCCGACGACGGCGCGGCCGCGCGGCCCGACUCCAAGGACCUCAAGAAGCGCUGCCCGCGGGGCCAGGUCGAGGUCGCGCUCCAGUGGGUCUACACGCCGGCCUGCGACUUCUGCGGCGACGCGCCCGACGACGGGGACCGCGUCGGCCGCGCGCUCCGGGCCGCGGCGCCCGGCGCCGCGGCGCGGAAGCCGAACCUGCUCAGGGUCGCCAUCCUCAGCGGCCAGGGCCUGCGGCCCAUGGACCGGACGGGCCUCUUCGGCGGCGGCGGGUCCGCGGACCCCGUCGCGAAGCUCGCGUGCGCGGGCCAGACGGCGUCGACGGCGACGCGGGCCGCGACGCUCGCGCCCGAGUGGCACGAGACGUUCGAGCUGCCCGUGGAGCCGGACCCGGGGAACCAGCAGCUCGCGCUCGUCCUCGUCGUCGAGGACGUCGACAAGCUCUCGCAGAACGACUUCAUGGGCCAGUGCGCCCUCAAGCUCCGCCAGCUCGCGGACGGCGGCCGGCGCCGCGGCUGGCUCAAGCUCCUGGACCGCGACUUCGAGGCGGAGAACGACGGCGAGGCGCCGCGGGGCGAGGUCGAGGUCGUCGCCAAGUGGGAGUACGACGCGUCGCUGGACCACUUCCCCGACUUCGACCGGUGGCCGGACCGGCGGCCGAACGCGCUCCGCGUCGCCGUCAUCCAGGGCCGCGAGCUCACGCAGCCCAGGGGCGUCACGGGCAAGGGCGACCGCCUCCACAAGGACGCCCACGUGAGCGUGCGCGUCGCCGACCAGGUCGCCUUCACGCGGGCCGCGCAGGACUUCCCCCGCCCGGACCAGCCCUGGUGGAACGACGAGCUCAAGCUGCCCGUCGAGCGCCCGAACAAGGGCAUGGAGGUCGAGGUCACGGUCUGGAGCGGCCGCAAGGCCGUCGCGACGCACGUCUCCAAGAUCUGGAAGCACAGCGACAAGGCGCGGCGCCGCGAGUGGCUCGACCUCGAGCACAAGGGCAAGCCCGCGGGCGCGCUCGACGUCGUCGUGCGCUGGGAGUUCGACGCGAUCUGCGACUUCGGGCUCCACGCGACGGACGCGGGCGCCGAGGACACGCAGGAGCCCAACGAGAUCGGCUUCGGCGCGGUCCAGGUCCGCGAGCGGCGGUCGAACAUCUCGUCGGCGCCGCUCUUCCGCAAGGAGGACGGCGCGAGCUGGCGCGUGACGCUCAAGGCCGGCCCGCGGCUCACGGCGACGACGCACGCGCGGAAGCCCGCCGAGGGCGCCGCCUUCUUCUUCGGCGACACGAGCGUCUUCCCGCUGCCGCGCGACGGCGUCAAGAAGCUCGACGUCGUCGUCGAGCGCGUCCCCGCGCCGAGCGGCGCGCUCAAGAAGCCCGGGCGGCCCCAGGCCAUCGCCUCCGGCACCGUCGAGCUCGACCUGGGCCACUACAAGCCCCGCGAGCGCAAGUUCGUGGCCCUCGAGCCGCCGCGGCGGUCGCGCGCGCUCUCGCGCGUCUCCGUGCGCCGGUCGACGUUCCGCGGCGGCGCGGGCGGCGACGCGGACCUCGAGGUCGAGGUCGCCGCCUGGAUCGGCUUCAACCCCGGGCGCACGGCGGCGCAGGGCCGCCUCGAGCGCGAGCUCGACGCGGCCCGGGACCGCGCGGUCGUCUUCGAGUGGUACUCGACGACCACGGGCCUCGGCGCCGUCGUGCUCCUCGAGGUGCCGCGGUCCCCGCUCCGCGCCCCGACGCUCUACGAGGGCGAGCGCGUCCGCGCCGAGGAGGCCCGGGCCGCCGCCGUCGGCGCCGCCGCGGGGCGCCGGCGCCGCGCGGCCGCGCCCGCGGGCCUCUUCCCCGUCGGCGCGACGCUCCGCAAGAGCCCCGUCAUGCGCUUCGGCGGCACGAACGCCGUCGUCUCCUGCGACCUCCUCGGCCGCGCCGUCGCGCGCGUCGAGGCGGUGCUGUCGCCGAAGACGGUGCGCGUCGACCUCUUCUCGGACCCCGGCCGCUGGGCCGACGUCGACGCCGCGCCGCGAGCGCCGCCGCCCGCGCCGGCUCCGGCGCCGGCGCCGCGCAUGGGCCGCGAGGCCGCGGCGCUCGCGGCGCUCUCGGACGCGGAGCUGCGGACCGCGGCGACGCGGCCGCGCGUCAUCGAGUGCGCGCUCCUCGAGCUCCUCGCGACGCCCGCGCCGGACGGCGCGGCGGCCUGGACGCUGAGCGGCGCCAACGCGAUCCUCGGCGUGAGCCAGCGGGCGUUGCUCGAGCACCACGCGCAGCACGGCGACAAGUGGCCGUCCUUGGGAACGCUGGCGCGCUGCCACGGCGGCGCGCAGAGCCGGUUCAGCGACAUCUCCGGCGGCUCGUCCUUCGCGUCCUUCGCGCGCGACCUCGACGGCGUCGCCGUCGACGGCAAGUGGAGCGACGCCGUGAUUCGGCCCGACGUUCUCGCCGCGGGCGACGCCGUCUCCUUCAAGCUCCCGGACCGCUCCGUCCAGGUCGGCACCAUCUCCCGCGUCCACAAGGACGGCAACGGCGCCGGCGGCAAGAAGCGGCGCCGGCCCCUGCCCGUGCGCGGCGGCGAGUGGCACGAGCGCUACGUCGUCCGCCGCGACGACGGCACCGUCGAGAUCCUCGCCCGCGCCCGCGUCUGCGCGCGCCUCGACCGCCUCCGGCCGGACACGCAGCGCCUCCGGCGCCGCGCGCUGCUCGAGGAGCUCGCGCGCGUCGCGCGGCUCGGCAAGCACCCGCAGCUCGUGACGCCGUCGCUCGUCUUCCUCAACGGCGCGCGCCGGCGCACGCGCGCGCCCUUCUUCUUCCUCCCGGCGGCCCAGCGCCAGUCGCUGGCCCACUUCGCGCGCGGGGGCCGCGGCGCGCUCUACCUGGGCCGCGACGCGGACGGCAACGUCGACGAGGCCGCCGCGGAGGCCGUCAAGCCCGCGGCCGCGCGGCUCCUCGAGGUCCUGCGGCAGGUCGCGGCGGGGCUCGCGCACUGCCACGCGCGCGACCUCGUCCACGGGUCGCUCUCCCACGACAGCGUCGUCGUCGCGGAGCCGGGCUUCAACGUCCAGCUCACGAGCUUCGAGCUGGCCGCGGACCUCGCGAGGCCGCUGCCGACGAUGGAGCCCGUCGCGCGAAUCCGGGGCUACGUCCACGCCUACCGGUCGCCGGAGGUCAAGUCCGUCUGCGCGCGGCUCGCGUCGGCGCGGAGCGCCGACGACCUCGCCGCCGCGCGCGCGCGCGCGACGGCGACGGCGGCCGAGUCCGACGUCUGGGCGCUCGGCGCGCUCGCGCUCAACCUCUUCGAGCCGCGGCGCCUGCGCUACGCCGCGGCGCCGCCGCCCCCGAGGAAGAAGAAGCCCGACGGCGACGACGACGGCCACGAGGAGGAGGACGACGACCCGGCCGCGGGCGCGACGACGCCCGACGAGGUCCGCGCCGCGCGCCUCGCGGACGUCUCCGGCGAGAACGCGGCCGAGGCCUUCCGCGCCUACUGCGCCAAGGGCGACAAGGGCGCGAGCAUGGGGCCCGAGGCGGCGCGCGACUGGCUGCGGUCCGCCGCGGAGAAGGCGCUCGCGCGCGCGGACCGCGGCGCGGCGACGACGCACCGCGGCGCGCACUUCCUCGUCGGCGUCUGCGGCAAGGACGCGACGGGUCGCCACGUGCUGCGCCACCUCGACGGCCCGCGGCUCCUCAAGCUCGCGGGGGACCCGUUCCGCCUCGCGGCGGCCCUCGACCCGCAGAUCUUCGGCGACGACGCGAGCUUCGUGUCCGCGCAGUCGGGCGGGAGCGUCGACGCGGCGUCGCCGGCCGUCGCGGCGGCCGCGCUCGCCGCGCGCGCCGUCGACGACGCGUUCGAGCGCUACCCGCUGCCCGCGGAGGUGCGGACCCUCGUCGAGCGCUGCCUCCACGUCGAGGUCUCCCAGCGGCCCCGCGACGCGGCGGGCCCGCUCGCGGUCCUCGACCUCGCGACGCGGCGCCACCGGGGCCACGCCGCGCGCGACGACGACGGCGGCGGCGAGAUCCGGGCGACGGAGCCCGGCGCGCACAAGGACCGGGACCUCGUCUGCAUCGAGCUCGGCCUCGCGCUCGUCCGCCACGACCUCGCGGAGGUCGCGGCGCCCUUCUUCGACGAGGCCACGGCCGCGAUCCUCGACGACUCGUUCGACGUGCGCCACGGCGCGCGCGCGACGCGCGGCGACCGCAACGACGCCCACACGGCGGAGCUCAAGGGCGUCAAGAUGGACCGCCGCGCCGCCGUCUUCCUCGCCGCCGCCGCGGGCGCGGCGGCCGUCGGCGACGGCGCGCGCGGCAUCGCCUACCUCACGCGCGCCGUCAAGCUCCGCCGCGACCGCUACCUCGGCGACGGCCACCCCAUGGUCGCGUCGGCCCUCUGCGCGCUCGCCGCGGCCCAGCACCGCCACGCGCCGGGCUCGCCGCAGUCGCAGGUCGCGCACGAGUGGGCCAUCGAGGCGCUCCGGAAGACGCGCGGCGCGGAGCACCACCCCAUGGACGUCGCGCUCCUCGCGCGCAUGGGCAUGGACGCCAUGAAGUCCGACGAGAUGCUCAAGGGCUUCCAGAUCAUGGACCAGACGCGGCGCGUCCUCGCGGCCAUGGCGCCGGGCGGCGCCGAGCGACGGCGGGGUCUCGCGCCGGGCGACGCGAACCACGUCAAGGCCGCGCUCGCCGAGGACGAGCGCAAGGCGCUCAUCGACCAGUACGAGGACCGCGACGCGCCGGAGCAGCACACGCGCGGCGUCCUCGCGCUGCCCCGCGGCGCGGCCUCGGCCGUCGCGCGGCACAAGGCCAUGCGCAAGUACGGGCGCCGCGACCGCGAGCUCCCCGGCGGCGGCCGCCGCGGCGACGACGACGACUCCUUCUCGGGCUCCGAGGCCUUCACGUCGAGCGGCGGCGAGGAGGGCGACGACGCGAACGACCUCGGCGGCGAGCACCGGAGCCAGGCGCGCCGCAACGGCCCGGAGCUCUACCGCGCGCUCGACGAGACCGUCGCCGGCACGCUCGGCUUCGACCUCAUGUGCCUCGACUACAUCCUGCCGACGCCGAACCUCGACCUCGCCGCGAGCAUCGACGUGCCCGAGCCCGUCCCGGAGAAGAAGGCGCGCGACGGCUCCGAGUCCGGCUCGGACAUCGAGGACGUGCCCGAGGACAAGCCGCUCUACCUGCUCCCGGAGAACCAGCACCACCCGCCCGAGUUCCUGACCGGCGCGGCGCCGCAGCGGUUCCCGGUGCACAUCGCGGGGACGCCGCGCGAACUCGAAAGCGUCGCCUCGGCGAGCCGCGCGCUCUCGGAGCGCGACGCCGUCUGGCACGAGCUCGCGCGCGAGCUGGUGGGGACGCGCGGCGGCGGCGGCCGCCCCUCGGGCCGGAGCAGCGCGCGGCUGCGGCUCACGGGCAAGCAGACCUACGCCAAGGUCCACGCGCUGCGACUCUCCAACUCCGAGGAGGCGCGGAACAAAUUCGACGGCGCGAAGAAGGUCUCGCUGGCCGCGCUCCGCUCCGUGCUCAAGGACUGGAGCCCGCUCGACCUGAACGCCCGCGGCUCCUCGGGAUGCAGCUUCCUGCACAGCAUCAUCUCGGACGCGCGUCUGACGAAGGGCCAGACGUUGCAGUGCGCGCGCGAGUUGGUCGAUCGCUGGGGCGCGGACGUCAACGUCUCCAACGACCUCGACCUCUCGCCGCUCCACUCGGCGGCGGCGCUCGGAGACCUCAGGACCGUCGAGUUCCUCGUGGAGCGCGGCGCGAGCCUCGGCCAGCGCGGCGCGCACCCGAACGGCUUCGUCGGCGCGCCGGUGCGGCCCGGGCAGCGCGCGCGCACGGCGAAGGAGUGGGCCGAGACGUUCGGCAACGCCGACGUCGUCGACUUCAUCGCGGCGCGCGAGCCGGCGGCGGCGGUCGCCGGCGAGCCCGCCGCGACCGCCGCCGGCGAGCCGUCGCCGUCGCCGCGAAAGAAGCGCCGCAAGCGCCGCGAGCUGUUCUGCUACCCGACGUGCCGACACGGCCGCGAGAACGCGGGCAACAUGAUCCACUGCGAGGGCGGAUGCGAGCGCUGGUUCCACCUCGAGUGCGUCAACAUGUCCGACGAGGCGUUCAAGACGAUGGUCCGCGACGAGGACGCGAAGUUCGCGUGCCCCGAGUGCGAGACCGGCGUCGCCUUCCGCUACGAGCCCGUCGCGCCGCCCGCCGAAUUGAUACUCAUGUUCUGGUGGACGGGGUUCGCGGUCGACGGCGCGGCCGCGCGGCGGUUCACGAUGCUCUGGAGCGCGCGGCUCCAUUGGGCGCGCGUCUCGUUGCUGUCGGUGGCCACGACGAGUUCCUGCACGGCCGUCGCGUCGCGGCAGGAGAUCGUGAGGCCGAAGGCGGGCACGCCCGGCGACGCGACGGUGAUCGGCGCGACCUGGACGUCGCCGGAGGAGAGCGACACGCCGAACUGGCGGAACGAGAACUUGCUCGUGACCCGCUUGAUCGUGCUGUACGUCGCGACGACGAAGAGCGCGAAGACCGCCGCGACGUUGCACUUCAACAUCGAAGCAGCCCAUCGAGCCCUCUCGGCCAUGGCCUCGAUGAUGGACGCCGCGACCGCGGUCAAGAAGGGCGCGCCCUUCUGCCACGUCUACGAUUUUGACGCGACGAGCGCGUGCCUGCUGUGGUCCACAAUCGCGAAGGCGCCGUGCUACACGUUGCAGAUGCGCGUGGUGACCGAAGGCGGCGGCUUCCCGCAGUGGAAGACGCUCUCGGCCUCCGUCAAGGGCCAGCGCGUGCGCAAGAACAAGCUCGACGCGGACACGGCCUACGAAUUUCGCGUCGCGGCCAUGGUCGAGAACGCGACCACGAAAUCGACGUUCACGCUGGGCACGCAGCAGGACAAGGACGCGCUCAAGGCCGGCGCGUACUCCGCGCCCGCGCUGCUGCAGAAGCGGUCGGCGCCCGCGCUCGCCGCGCCGGUCGUCUUCGACGCCGACGGGGACAGCGCGACGGUCACGUGGUCCGGCGGCUCGCCGCCCUUCGCGCUCCAGUACGCGCUCGCGGACGACGAGGCCGCGCUCGGCGUCAACGGCGGCGGGCCCUGGAAGCUCGCGGCGGCGCGCAUCAACGGCCACGUCGCGCGGAAGAAGAACCUCCAGAGCGGCAAGAAGUACGCGUGGCGCGUCAAGGAGAGCGACGCGCCGAACUGCGCGUGGUCGCGCGCGUGCGACGAAUCGCCGAUCCCCGUGCCCCACGCGUUCAUGCCGCGGGUCUUCGGCGAGUUCCUCGCCGACAAGGGCGGCGCGAAGCGCCCGACGGGCAUCGCCCUCGCGGGCAAGGUCGUCGCCGUCUACGCGGGCGCCUCGUGGGACGACGGCAGCAACGAGUUCGAGCCGCGCCUCGCCAAGGACUACGCCGCGCUCAAGGCCGCCGGCAAGCCCUUCGAGGUCGUGUGGCUCAGCGAGGAGAACGACGAGUUCGAGCACGCGCGGCACCAGGCGUCGAUCCCCUGGUUCUCCGUGCCCUACAAACGCGCCGAGCGGGAGACGGCCCUGGAGCACUUCCACAUCUCGAGCCUCCCGCGCCUCGUCAUCAUCUCCCCCGCCGGCAAGGUCCUCGUCGACAACGCCGCCGCCGACGUCGCGACGAACUUCGACGCCUGGGUCGCUUAA